CUCGGGGCGGGGCCUGCGGGGCGGGCUUCGGGGGCGCCGGCUACGCGCAUGCGUCCUGGUGUUGCGGCUGUCGCCGAGGUGAGGGAAGUGGAUGCGAUGGCCGGGUCCGCGUGGGUGUCCAAGGUCUCUCGGCUGCUGGGUGCAUUCCACAAUACAAAACAGGUGACAAGAGGUUUUGCUGGUGGUGUUCAGACAGUAACUUUAAUUCCAGGAGAUGGAAUUGGCCCAGAAAUCUCCGCCUCAGUUAUGAAGAUUUUUGAUGCUGCCAAAGCCCCUAUUCAAUGGGAGGAGCGUAAUGUCACUGCCAUUCAAGGACCAGGAGGAAAGUGGAUGAUCCCUCCAGAAGCCAAAGAGUCCAUGGAUAAGAACAAGAUGGGCUUGAAAGGCCCACUAAAGACCCCAAUAGCAGCUGGCCAUCCAUCUAUGAAUCUGUUGCUCCGUAAGACAUUUGACCUUUAUGCCAAUGUCCGGCCAUGUGUCUCAAUUGAAGGUUAUAAAACCCCUUACACGGAUGUAAAUAUUGUCACCAUCCGAGAGAACACGGAAGGAGAAUACAGUGGAAUUGAGCAUGUGAUCGUUGAUGGAGUUGUGCAGAGCAUCAAGCUCAUCACCGAACAAGCGAGCAAGCGCAUUGCUGAGUUUGCCUUCGAGUACGCUAGGAACAACCACCGGAGCAACGUCACAGCGGUGCACAAAGCCAACAUCAUGCGGAUGUCAGAUGGGCUUUUUCUGCAAAAAUGCAGGGAAGUUGCAGAGAACUGUAAAGAUAUUAAAUUUAAUGAGAUGUACCUUGAUACCGUAUGUUUAAAUAUGGUACAGGACCCAUCCCAAUUUGAUGUUCUCGUCAUGCCAAAUUUAUAUGGAGACAUCCUUAGUGAUCUGUGUGCAGGUCUGAUCGGAGGUCUUGGUGUGACUCCAAGUGGCAAUAUCGGAGCCAACGGUGUUGCCAUCUUUGAAUCGGUUCAUGGAACAGCCCCAGACAUUGCGGGCAAGGACAUGGCCAAUCCCACCGCCCUCCUGCUUAGUGCCGUGAUGAUGCUUCGUCACAUGGGACUCUUUGACCACGCAGCCAAAAUCGAGACUGCGUGUUUUGCUACAAUUAAGGAUGGAAAGAGCUUAACAAAAGACCUGGGAGGCAAUUCGAAGUGCUCUGACUUCACAGAAGAAAUUUGCCGCCGAGUAAAGGACUUGGAUUAGAACUUCUGCAGAUGGAUUUGCUGCUGUCAGUCACUCCAGAAGGGUACCCUGUAAUCCUCCUUGAGAACACCCGCCAUUGGUUUGCUUGCUUCUUGACAGAGUACAUUUUCAAAUCUGGCCUUUUCUUAACAAAACCCUUGCAACAGAUGCACAUGAUGGCCUUUGGCCUUCAGUCAGAGGGUUUCCCCAAGUGCUUGUUGUAUUUAUUGUCUAUCUGGUAAACCUUUUUUUGUAAACUGUAAGUGAACUGUAUCAUUUACCAUUGUUACCCAUUUUACACUUCAGGUAAAAUAGUUUUUCCUCAGCUGUAAAUAUUAUGAUACAGAAUUAAUAAGAGAAAAUAUUUAACUUUUUAACAAAAGCCCUGUUUUUUGGUUUAUGAAAAAUAUACUGAGACUACAGCAGGGUUUAAAUGUCACACAAGAUAACAUUACCCUAAAACUAAAUGGGCACAAAAGAAAUUUCCUAGGAAAGUUCACAGCAAAAAAAUGGUAUAUUUCUUAGCAAUAUGGAAAAUAAAGAUAUUUGUCCUAUACAUGAAUUACUAUUAAUAAAAAUUUAAGCUCCAAGAAAUAUA